GUCUGUGUGUAAAGAGAGCGAUAUAUAAAUUAGCACAGCGCAUAAUUUCAACGUGAUGGGACAUUAACCGAAGACAGACCGAGCUUUGCAAUUAACUUCAUCCUUUACAACAACAACACACUGGUGUGGUAUCAGGGGUUACCAUGCAUAGAACAACAAUCUGACUGGGAAAAUUGAUGACAAGUUUACAGAUCUCAGUGGGAUUGUAGCAGCAGCAAGCGCAAAGGACACAUACCUUUCGUUUGACCUUGGUCUAAGAAGGUUGAAGAAAAAUAAUGAUUUUUCUCACUCCAAGUCAUAAUGAAAAUGAGAUGUUUUUUUCCAAGCAGACUGCGGAAGAAGCAUUUUAUUUAUUCGUUAUCGUCGCUGCUGGUGAUCUGUGCCUUGCUGCUGCUCUGCCUAAAGGUCACUGUUAAAUACAGCGUUACUAUUGAACCGUAUGAGACUACCACAGGCUACGAUGACGUCGAGCCUCCCCACCGCUACAACAUUGACUGCAAUGCCAUCUACAACAUGGAUCCGGUCGAGGUAGGGAAGUCGCUGGCCAUCAGAAAACAAGCGGUGGUGUGGGAGCAGGAUGAGAGCUUGAUCAACCUGACCUCUAAUUGCCCGCGCUACCUCCGCUCCCGGGGCUAUGGGGACGUCCAGGUGUCUGAGGAGGAGCAGGCCUUCCCCCUGGCCUACUCCCUGGUGGUCCACAAGUCUGCCUCCAUGGUGGACAAGAUCCUCCGGGCCGUCUACACCCCCAACAACAUCUACUGUAUCCACUACGACCUGAAGUCAUCAGAACUGUUCAAAGAGGCCAUGGAGGGUGUGGCCCGCUGUCUGCCCAACGUCUUUAUCGCCUCUAAGCUGGAGACGGUGAUGUACGCCAGCAUCAGCCGCCUCAAAGCCGACCUUAACUGCCUGUCUGACCUCAUGGGGUCAGAGGUCAAGUGGAGGUAUGUCAUCAACCUGUGCGGUCAGGACUUCCCCUUGCGCUCCAACAUAGAGCUGGUGGCCGACCUGAAGAAGCUCCAGGGGGGUAAUAUGAUGGAGACAAGUCGUCCCAGCAAAUACAAGAAGCAGCGUUUCUCCUUCCACCACAAGCUGUGGGACGCUGAGUACAUCCAGAGGCCGGUGAAAACCGACAAGGCCAAGGAGCCUCCCCCACACGGCAUCCAGAUGUUCAUCGGCAGUGCCUACUUCGUGCUCUCGCGGGAGUUUGUCACAUAUGUGAACACGUCUGCGCUGGUCAGGGACUUCCUGGCGUGGUCGAACGACACCUACUCUCCAGACGAACACUUCUGGGCCACUCUGACACGGGUGCCGGGCGUGCCAGGCGAGGUGCCACGGGCCCAGGCCGACGUCACAGACCUAAUGAGCAAGACCAGGCUGGUGAAGUGGAAUUACCUGGAGGGACCGCUUUACCCAACAUGCACAGGGAAACACGUCCGCAGCGUGUGUAUCUACGGGGCGGGGGAGCUGAGCUGGCUCCUGAACUACGGCAGCUGGUUCGCCAAUAAGGUGGACCCCAAAGUUGACCCAGUCCUUAUCCAGUGUCUGGAAGAUAAAUUACAGGAGAAACAGAGACUCUUGGUCAAGGCUAUGAAGUCACGACCAAAGACUCCCUCCUCAGGAAAAGGUUAAAUGAAUGAAUGGAUGAAUGAUUUAUUGAUUAAUAAUGGCUUAAUUCAUGUUGGAAUGUGGACUAUUGUAAUGAUAGCACCAUUUUAGUAUUUUCUAAGAUUUUUGUGUUUGAGGUGAUUAUGUCAGAAACUUAACUGAGGUUUGCUUUAUGGUACAUAUGAAAGAUGAAGUGGAAUGCUGGAUGAGAGAGACUGUCAGGUCUCUGGGUUAGGGUUAAACUCUUGUUUUGCAAAUUGAUACUUGAGGUUGGGAAUGUUAGUGAUAAAUAAACCCCUAGUGAAUGUACCCACAUGACAAUGCAGAAUAAUGAGUGUGUAUUUAAUGGUGAAUGUACCUACCUGAUGAUGCAAUAUAAUGACUGUGUAUUUAAUGGGGAAUCAAGAGGGUAAACAGGGGAAAUGUCAGCUCUGGAUCAAUAGUUUCCACCACACUUAACAGCUAUCUAAAGUUGCCUUUACAAACAGAGUAAAGCCACUAAUGAGCACACAUGAGCGCUCCUAUUAGAAGUGAAACAGCCUUUUUUACCAGGUUUUUCGAAUUGAGAUAAAGUCUCUUAGUCCAAGAAAUGAUUAAAAAACAUUCUAUCAACCUACACAUUGUGAAAACUUUGUAAUAAGCACAUAAUGACUAGUGAAGG